GACAGCAGUUUGAUUUUUGACACCGACGGUUUCACAAUUCUCUUUUCUCGAACGAAGGAACUGCAAACGUGUGUAACAAUUUUUGUUUUCCAUUUUAGCCAAAAAAAAAGAAGAACAAAAGCAAAAUUGAAAAUAGAGAUAUCAAUAAUUCUAGAUAAUUCUGUCUAUAAUCAAACUUUUUUAAUAAACAUAUAACGCCGACAAAAAUCAAUAGAAGCGGUGAAUGUAUUAAUCAAUUAUGGUUCAAAACGGCUAUACAAAUGGCAACGGUGUGCCAAAUGGUCACAUUGCCACAGAGAACAAGCCCACCUAUGCUCUGGACCACUUGGGCACGUUCAAGCUGAAAAGUGACACGGAAGUUUCGAGGCCAAAGGAUAAACUGAAAACCCUAAUGGAGUUGGACAAGGUGGGCGGCGUGUGGCCCAUGAAAAUGUACAUGUGCUUCAGUGGCCAGUGGUUGGUGAUGUUGGACAGCAACAUGAAGGAAAUUGAAAACUUCCCAGGAUCCCUAAUUACCGAACCGACAGCCUUCAUCAGUGAAGAUCCCAUGGAAAUUUACAAUAAUUUAUUGCUAUUUACAGUGCCGGGCAUUUCGUUGGGCAACACCGAAAUGCAUAUUUUUCAGGUAAGCGAUGUCUCGGCCGUCCAUUUGGUGGAAGAUCUUAAACAACUGUCCAGCGGCAAAGCAGUGACCAUAGACCGCAAUAAGACUCCCAUUGUUGUGCCCAAAUCGGAUCGCCCCAUGCACCAAAGCAAAGACCAAUAUGGCUUGGCUGUGGCAGCCGCCGAAGCUGCCAACGAAAAAACCGCUCAAGACCAAGAACAAACCAACAAAGACAUUCAGGUGCUAAACCACUGCUUCGAAGACAUUGAACGUUUCGUUACACGCUUACAGUUUGCCGCCGAAGCAUUGCGUGAGCUGGAGGUGCGUAAAUACGAACACAGCUCACAUGGCGAGGGUCUGCUGCUGAAUCGUUCUCGUCCACCAACGGAGAAGGAAUUUCGCGACAUUUUUGCCAAACACAAGCUCGCCUUUAACUACGUGCUCAAGCUGAAAAACCACUUUCAAGAUCCAGCCGAACCCAUCCACAACUCGUUUGUGUCGCUGCAAGCCAUCUACGGAGUGUGCAAUGAUGUCUACACUGGCUCCGCCGUGGCUGAGAAUGUCGUUGAUCCGCUACUGCGUGCCGACACCAUUGCCUUCCUUAAGAGCUGCCUCAACGAAGAGGAAAUGAAAUUUUGGCAAUCGUUAGGUCUCAAUUGGAUUCAAGCCAAGGAACAUUUCAAGGAUCACAAGGGAUCCUAUCAUCCAAAAUUCUAUGAUGAAUGGUCGCCCGAUUGGGUGGUCGAUGAGGAGGUAAAAUACAUACCACCACCCACAGCAGCCAGGACGGCAGCAGGCCAGCAGCCACCAUCAAAGUCGCCGGGUACCACAAAUUACAACAACACCUGGUUGUUGCGGCUCAAGACAAGAAAUGUGAAAAUUGCCGAAGUUAUGUACAACAAAGUGGCGAACAAUGAUCGGGAAUUGAAUGUCACCAAGGGGGAAUAUUUGGAGAUCAUUGAUGACUCUCGUAAUUGGUGGAAAGCCCGCAAUGCCUCCGGCAAUAUUGGUUAUGUGCCACACACCCUCUUGGCCCCGCACAAUUUUGAUCAAAACUCAACUUACUCGGGCAAAGAUACAGAUUCUAUUGGUUCAUCCCAACCUGAGCAUAAUGAUCAACCCAUCCAGCGAAAUGUUAAUAAUCGUAAGACUUUGACAACGUUUAUACCUCCAACUGAGGCGGAACUACAAGCUGCUCAAUUACAGCGUGCCUCUAGAAAUUCCAUUCCUCGCUCGAUAAGUAUGCCGAAUGUACCCAUCCCCCCACCAUUGCCGCCACCAGAUAGUGAAAAUGAGUCAUAUGAAACACCAUCGGGUACCUUGAAGCGUAACAUGGCCCUGAAUGGUAAUAUUGCAGCCAUGCGUGCUCGCACCGAAUUAGACGAAACAAACGAGGCCCUCAUGCUGCAAAGUACCAUUAAUGAUGAAUUGAAAUUCACUCUGAUGCAGAGGGAGCGGCGACGUGAUUUGGAAAUUCUAAAGACACCACAAAUUUACAUCAAUCAGAAAUCCCAGCCCAAGGAAGUGGAGGAAUGGCUUAGGGGCAAGGGAUUCUCUGAUAUUAUUGUCAAGAAACUACGUGGCCUGAAUGGUGAGGAGCUCUUUGCCCUAUCGCCGCACAUUAUUGAGGGUUAUUUUGGUCAAAAAGAAAGUCGUCGUUUGAUAUCACAAAUUGUUUUGCAAAAAAAUAUUUCCGAAUUUAAAACCGUGCGUUCAUCGGAAUUAAGCGCCAAAUUGGCCAAGGCCCGCCAAAAAAUUGAAAGUCAAAAUUACGAUCCCGAUGAGGUCUUCUAAAUGUAAUUUGCUGUUUUUUUUUUUUUGUUUUUGUACUUUCUAUUUAUUUGAAGAUUUGUAAAUGCGUUUUUAUUGAAAUAUUGAAAAAGAGAAAACGUUAAAAGCACACAUGGCAAUUGUUCAUCUGUGUGCGAACACGUAUUGUUUAAUAGAAUCAAGUUUAAAUGUUAAUUAAUUUAUAAUACAUAUUUCAAUACCGGUAAAUAGGAGGAGCGGAGUGUGAGAGAGAGUCAAACAAUUGACAAAAUUCAUCGACCUUAUUGAUCGAAAUGUUCCACUUCGACAGCUGUAUACACAUAGUCAUGCGAUGGUGAUCUUAAUAUGACACGUUUUAUAUACUUUAUUAGCGGAAUAUAAAAAUUCAAAUUUUCAGAGUUUACUCCAUUUGUCAUCUACUUUUCGAAAAAAAAAAAAAUGGAAAUAAAAUACUUUGUUUGAUAGGCAUCAAAUUAACAACAAAUACAUUUUU